AUGAUACAGCCACAUUUAGAUGCCGGCCGUGAGGCAGAGCGCCAAGCCAAAGGCCGGGACGGCGGAGUCAAGGCUGUUAUAUUCAUCGCAUCCCUUAUUGUGCUCCCUGGCGGGAUAUCGCUCGCUGAACAUGCUGGCGGUUUGCCAACUGAGACGUGGUACGAAACAGUGGAUGGCGCCUUGGUGCUUAACCCUGGCGCAGAGAAGAUCUUCUACAACGACUUCAACGAGACCAAGGCAAUGGAGGCCAUAAAGAAUACCAAAUGCCAGCCAAGCAGGCUGUUGACCCACAAUAAGGAUGCGUGUAUUUCACCGGCCGUAUUGAACAUGCUGGCCGAUGGCCUGGGCGACAAGUAUACCAAAGUAUCCCUGAACUAUGGCCACACACCCUGGAUGCGGAAUUAUGUGCUGCCAGAGUUGGUCAACGUCAUCGUCGGCGCAGCGAGGGCAUGA